GAAUGUUCAUCGCCGAUGAAGCGGCCAUCAAGCAAACGUGGGAGCCCAUGGGUGCUUCUGGACUACGUCUCUGCUUCUUUUGCCGGAACGUAGUCCAAACAAGGUCGGGCUUGGUGGAGGCCGACGAGACCGGUUGGUUCGUCGACCACUGUGAAGAGGAUCCAUCAAAGUUCAAGCUGCAAACUAACGCUGGCCUCUGGGCAACUGCGCGCGACCUGACGCAGAAGAGCACGGAACUGUCCAAAGCUGCCUUUGCCUCUCGCCAGACCAGCCUAGGCAUGCGAUACAGUCCAGAAGGCGUCUUGUUUGACCCCACCCUUCGGGAGGUAGUUUUUCCGAUCAGCUGGACCAGCUACGAUUGGAUGCACAAUUAUGUGGUAAGCGGCGUGUUCCAUGUGGAGGUCAACCUCCUGCUGAAGGAGUUGAAGACUGAACGUGUGGAGUCCUCCCACGUGCACGACUUCGUCAACGCCUGCUGCUGGCCCAGCUACACUGGAGGUAAGUCGGUGCACGCGAAGACUCUUUUUCGCAAGGCUGGCGACUUCAAGUGUGGGGCUUCGGAGGCACUGGCCUGUUACCCUGUGCUGCGUGGGUUUCUGGAGGAGCUGCAGCCUGGCUUUUCGAGCCGCCGCAUGCUCCUGGCCGCACAGUGCUUUUAUCGCCUGUGCGAGACUUUAGAUUUGCUGUCGCACGCUGCAUCUGGCACCCUCCGCAGCAAUGACCUCCGGGAAGCAAUUCUCGGCCAUCUCCGCAGCUUCAAGACGGUGUAUGGAGCAGAGCAUCUUCCGCCCAAAGGGCACUUCAACGUCCACCUGCCAGAGAUACUGGAUCGCCACGGCGUGCUCUUGUCCUGUUUUGUUCAUGAGCGGCGCCACAAAGAGCUCAAACGUUACGCCAACCAACAGACGUCCAUGACCGCUGGGUCCGAGAAAAACGUAAUGGAGCUCUCGGUGGAGCACCAUCUGGAAGUUCUCGAAGACUUUGAUGCUCGCCGCGAAGGCUUGUUGAAGCCGCGACCUGCUGCCCAGGAAGUGGCGCGCGUGUUUUGCGCAGCCUUUGGACGCGCUCGGGCCCCUGGUCUGGAGAUCUCCGACACCGCCUAUUUUGGAUCUGGCAGAACGUGCAAACGUGGGGACAUCAUUGUGGUGGAGAUGGAAAAUGCUAGCCACGUGGGGCAGGCAUGGUUUCAUGUUUCGCAGGCUGGUUAUUUGUACACCUGUUUCUCGCCGUGGACAAGGCAGAGAGAUGCCAGAAACCGCUUCUCCCAUGAAGAGGGGGCCCUGUUCGUGCCCACAUCCAGCAUCAAGCGGCUUUGCAUCCACAGACCCGAGAAUGACAAUCCCAAUAUUUCUCUGGUUAUCCCACUCCGAAGCAUGUUUUGA